ACGGAAGGCACGCAUUGCCCUCCUUCUUCUUCCUCCCUCCUUGAGAUCAGCACCCAUCCACUGAUCCACCUGCAUCCCACUCGCGCGCGCGGCCCGAAGCAUCCGUCUAGCAAAAAAGCUGUCAAGCCACAGCUCUUUCCUGACACACAUGUCGCUCACCCUCCUCACCCUCCUACUACUCAUUGCAAUCCCACCCGCAACCUCGGCUACGCAGCCGGCGUCGAACUCCUCCGCCGAUGUCCUCCUCUCCUUCCUCGCCGCCCUCCCACCAGCGGCCCAGCGCCUCCUCCUCCCGUCGUGGAACACCGCCGCCUCUGGCAACGGCAACUCGACCGCGGCUGGCCCCCAUUGCGCGUUUCUUGGCGUCACCUGCUCGGCGGCCGGCGCCGUGGCCGCGCUCAACCUCUCCGGGGCGGGGCUCUCCGGGGACCUCGCGGCCUCCGCGCCGCAGCUCUGCUCGCUCCCGGAGCUCGCCGCGCUCGACCUGAGCGGCAACAACUUCACCGGCGCCAUCCCUCUCGAGCUCGCGGCGUGCUCCGCGCUGUCCGCGCUUCUCCUCGGCCGCAACGGGCUCUCGGGCGCCCUACCACCGGAGCUGCUCUCCUCGCGCCAGCUCAAAAAUAUCGACCUCAACUCUAACGCCCUCACCGGAGAGAUCCCAGCGCCCUCCGCCGGUGGCUUCUCGCUUCUGCAGUACCUCGACCUCAGCAACAACAACUUCUCCGGCGCCAUCCCUCUCGAGCUCGCCGCGCUUCCAGCCCUCAGCUAUUUGGACCUGAGCACGAACAAACUCUCCGGACCAAUGCCGGAUUUCCCGGUGCAUUGCGUGCUCAAAUUUCUCAACGUCGACAGCAACAAGAUUGAUGGCAAGCUUCCGCGCAGCCUCGGCAACUGCGGCAACCUGACCAGAUUGUAUCUAUCCAACAACAAGAUUUCAGGCUCCGUUCCCGAUUUUUUCGCGUCCAUGCCAGGCCUGGAAAAGCUGUUCCUCAGCAACAAUUCCUUCACCGGCGAGUUCCCGGCAAGCAUUGGUGAGCUUGUCAAUUUGGAGAAGCUGAUGGUAUCGGCAAAUGGGUUCACCGGGCCUGUCCCUGAGUCGAUUGGAAAGUGCCAUUCACUGACAAUGCUUUGGAUGCAUUCCAACCGGUUCACCGGAUCAAUUCCGGCAGCGAUAGGCAAUCUCGUCAGCUUACAGUGGUUCACUAUCAAGGACAAUUUAAUCACUGGCACAAUCCCACCGGAAAUAGGAAAAUGUCAGGAAUUGACCUGGCUUGAACUCCACAACAAUAGCCUUUCCGGGGUUAUACCACCAGAGAUCACCCAGCUUACAAAGCUACAAGUGCUGUCCCUGUUUGGCAACAGGCUACACGGGCAGGUGCCUGCCGCAUUGUGGCAAAUGCCUUACAUGGAGGAGCUGGCGCUCUCGUACAACAACCUGACUGGAGAGGUGCCUGCAGAAAUUACUCUUAUGAGGAAUCUGAGGGAGCUCAUCUUGGCAUAUAACAACUUCACCGGUGAGAUCCCGCAAGCCCUGGGAUUGAACACAACACAAGGACUUCAGCGGAUUGACCUCACUGGUAACCGCUUCCGUGGUGAAAUCCCGCCUGGUCUCUGCACCGGAGGACGGCUCGCCGUUCUUGAUCUUGGGCACAACCAAUUUACUGGGGCUAUUCCCAGUGAGAUUUGGAAGUGCCGGUCUCUCUGGAGGGUAAUUCUAGGGAACAAUCUAUUCAGCGGGAGCUUAUUACCUUCAGAUUUGGGGACAAACACAGGGUGGUCAUUUGUAGAAUUGAGUGGCAAUCUUUUUGAAGGGAGGGUACCAAGUGUGUUUGGUUCAUGGCGCAACCUCACGGUGCUUGAUCUAUCUAGCAACAAAUUCUCUGGUCCAAUCCCACGUGAGCUCGGUGCUCUAAGCAUUCUUGGGAAUCUGAACUUGUCGUCGAACAUGCUGUCUGGACCAAUACCACAUGAGUUGGGAAAUUGCAAAAGGCUUGUCCGUUUGGAUCUUCAAUUCAACUAUCUCAAUGGAAGCAUAUCUUCAGAGAUCAUAGCACAUGAUAGUCUACAAACUCUUAUGCUUUCUGGAAACAAGCUCACUGGAAAGAUCCCAGACGUCUUCACUGGGACGCAGGGCCUUCUUGAGUUGCAUCUUGGUGCCAAUUCUUUGGAAGGACCCAUCCCUGAAAGCUUAGGUAAACUUCAGUUCAUCUCCAAAAUUAUAAACAUUAGCAACAAUAGAUUGAGCAACGAAAUCCCAAGUAGCCUCGGCAACCUUCAGAUGCUGGAAAUGCUUGACUUGUCAAAGAAUUCUUUGUCUGGUCCGAUUCCAUCACAGCUGAGCAACAUGAUGGCACUUUCUUUUGUGAAUGUGUCGUUCAAUGAGCUCUCUGGUCAGCUUCCUGCUGGUUGGGUUAAGCUCGUGGAACGAUCACCUGAAGGGUUUCUGGGGAAUCCCCAAUUGUGCAUACAGUCUAACAACGCACCUUGCUCCCGGAACCAAUCUGCGAAACGUAUAAGGAAGAAUACACGGAUAAUUGUAGCACUGCUAGUGUCAGCUCUCGCUAUCAUGGCUGCUGGGCUGUUUCUUGUUCACUAUAUGGUGAAGAGGUCACAGCGCCAAUUGGCGAAACAUGUCUCAGUGCGUGGCCUGGACACGACAGAGGAAUUACCCAAAGACAUAACCUUUGAUGACAUCCUUCGUGCCACCGACAACUGGAGUGAGAAGUAUGUGAUUGGAAGAGGCCGGCAUGGCACUGUCUACCGGACAGAGUUUGCUCCUGGAAGGCAGUGGGCAGUCAAGACAGUUGAUCUGUCCCAGUUCAAAUUCCCCGUUGAGAUGAAGAUUCUUAACAUGGUAAAGCACCGGAACAUCGUCAAGAUGGAGGGUUACUGCAUCCGUGGAAACUUUGGCAUAAUUCUCUCCGAAUACAUGCCUCAGGGAACACUGUUCGAGCUAUUGCAUGGAAGGAAACUUCAAGUGGCCCUUGACUGGAAUGUCCGACAUCAGAUCGCCCUUGGUACAGCGCAGGGUUUAUCCUAUCUUCACCAUGAUUGUGUGCCAAUGAUUGUUCAUAGGGAUGUCAAGUCAAGCAACAUACUGAUGGAUGCCGAUUUGGUACCUAAGAUCACAGAUUUUGGCAUGGGGAAAAUCAUAGAUGAUGAUGAUGCUGAUGCAACAGUGUCUGUUGUCGUUGGCACCCUCGGCUACAUUGCUCCAGAGCACGGAUACAACACGAGAUUGACUGAGAAGAGUGAUGUCUACAGUUAUGGUGUGGUGCUACUGGAACUUAUGUGCAGGAAGAUGCCUGUGGAUCCUGCAUUUGGUGACGGUGUGGACAUUGUGGCAUGGAUGACAUCGAAGCUGAAGUCUGCAGAUCACUGCAGCCUGAUGAACUAUUUGGAUGAGGAGAUCAUGUACUGGCCCGGAGAUGAGCAGGCAAAGGCACUGGACUUGCUAGAUCUGGCAAUGUCCUGCACGCAGGUAUCUUUCCAGUCUAGGCCAUCCAUGAGGGAGGUGGUGAGCACCCUGAUGAGAAUAGAAGAUGAAUACAUAACAAAUGAAUAGAUGUUCUGAAUAUAGUUCUUUGAGAUCAAGUGCCUUUAAAUAAUGAAUACAGAUACACAAGCGAAAGGGAAACCACAGUUGUACAGUUUGUUUCAAGGUGCUGUAAUUAUUUCUUGAAUAUUGAGUAAGACAUUGACAAACUUGCCCCAGAAACUGUAAUGACAAGGCUUGCAGAAUAAAUUAUUUUGAUUGUAUGCUUGAGCUAUCACUA